AAUUCAUUUCAGCCAUUUUGGAAAUUUUUUGUACUGAAGAAGCGUCCAAGGAGAGAACGCCGUGAGACCGUGUGUUUUCGCAGCGAAUUACGGCAAUAAAACCACCCGAAACCCACUCUCAACGCGAAAAACAAUUGCAGGCGCGUUCAGCUGGCAGGCAAGAUGCCGCAGCGUUCUAAAAAGUGACGACAAGAUGGGAAAAUAGCGAAAUUCGGAGCGAGCGAAUCGGUCGGACGUGUGUGUGUAAAACGAAAGUUGUGCUUGUCGCUCUGCGAGAAGAUUGGUGCGAAGCGGAGAGAGAAAAUUUUUUGCAAGCCCGAGUCGAAGGUGAAAUGAAAAUGCAUUAGCAUCCAAAUGAAAAGCCAAGCAGACGCUGUGGAAAAGGCCAAACGAUAGCAACAAUAAUAAAAAACAGCAAGCGAAAACGUUUUGUGAAAAUCGCGUACCGUGCAGUGGCGUUGUUUUUGCUUUCGCUUGCCCGCGUCUGUGUGUGUUUGUGUGCGCGCGCGUGUGUGUGCAUUGGAACGGAUUGAGGAGCACAACAUACAAAUACCUCAAAACAAGAACCCCCGAACUGUAAUCGCAACGUAAUAACCAUGCUGCUGGAAGGCGGCAGCUGGUGAACAAGUAACUAGCGCUAUAAUUAGCACGCCCACAUAUACCACAUUGUACCGCAUCCUUCCACGCGGAUAACGCACCAUGGAUCUGGACCUGGAGCAGCUGAAGAACGACUUCCUGCCUCUGAUCACGGGCAUCAAGCAGGAGCAGCUGGACACGGUGCCCGGCGAUGUGCUGCCGCAGAUGAAUCUGCAGAGCACGGCAACAGCGGCCAGUAGCGGAGCCCCCACCACGUCCACCUCCUCCUCCAGCACCUCCUCCGUGGGCAAUCCCUGCGACAGCGCCGAGAAGCGGUCGGAGUCCAACUCGUCAGCAUCCGCCAAGUUCGCGCUAUUCAAGUGUGUCUACUGUGCCCAGCUCCUCGGAUCCAACGACAGACCCAAGCUACUGGAAUGCCUCCACGUGGCCUGUGCUCAGUGCGUAAGCACCAAGUUCUCUGAGCUGGACCGCUCCCUCCCGCCAUUGAUCCACUGUCCCGUGUGUGACAAUGCCUCGCAGAACGAGUUCAUAGUGGACAAUCAGUUCCUUAUCGAACAAUGUGCCGCCGGCGAGAGCGGCGAUGGCGCAGGCGGCCUGGGUCUGACCGGGGAGGGUCAAAAGUCAUCCGCGUCGACAAGCAUUCAGUGCAGCAGCUGCUCCGAUGGAGCAGUGGCCACUUCCUGGUGUGUAGACUGCUCGGAAUACAUCUGCGACAGUUGUGUGCAGGCACACCAGCGCCUCAAGAUCACCAAGGAUCACACGAUUAAGCCCAAGGAUGAGGCUAACAACGAGCAGCUGGCCGGAGCUGCUGGGGUGGACAAAUUGCACAUGUGCCAGCUGCAUCCGCAGGAGAAGCUGUCGCUCUUCUGUGAGACCUGCGACAAGCUCACCUGCCGCGAUUGUCAGCUAAGCGAUCAUCGGGAUCACAAGUACAAGUUCGCCCACGAGAUCGCCACGGAGUCGCGCCAGGCACUAUCCACUCUCGUCUCCGAGAUCAACUACAAGCGCUUCCUGCUCUCCUCGGCCACCAAGGUGAUCGACGACCGGCAGCAGCUGAUCCACGACAAGAAGAAGGAUCUCAUCAAGGAGAUCACCGCCAUGGCGGUGAAGAUCACCAACACGGUGAAUACCCGUGGCAAGCAGCUCAUCAUGCGAUUGAACGAGGUGUGCGACAGCAAGCUCAAGGUGCUGGUGGAGAAGAAGGAGACGCUGCAGCUGUUGUCCGACAACACAGACCACUGCAUCGACUUCAUGCAGAAUGCCCUGGAGAAGGGCAGCGACUUUGCCAUUCUCUCCAGCAAAAAGUCUUUGGUGCGUCACCUGCAGAAGCUCAAGUGCCAGCGGGCGGACAUACCCAAUCCUGAGAUCCCGGUGCGCAUACAGGUGCAGCUUAACCAGGUGUCGGAUCUGCAGAAGGUCAUAUCGCAGCUUGGCAUUAUCAUUGUGGAUGGCAAGCCCUAUCCGCCGACGCAAUCACCGAACGGCACACCUCAACCGCCGCCGCGCCAACCUCCCAGUCCGAAUAUGGCCCCGCCCCUGCGUCCGGGACUUCCGCCCGGAAUGCCCGCCGGCCUCUCACCGAACGGUCCUCCCGUCAACUUUGGACCGCAAAACGGACCGCCGCUCUACAGCAACGCCGCCCAGCAGCAGUUUAACAAUCUGUCCAUGAGUCGCUCUUUUCCGGGCGACGGGUCAGGUAAGGUUCGUUUCGGGGGAAUGCCGCCAGUGGGCAUGCAGCGACAUGGCCAGCCGCACGUGAGCUCCUCCACGCAUCCACAGAAUAUGGACAUCAGCCUGCGGGGUCUGCUGAACAACCAGGCGGCGCAGAGCCCUAACGCCCACAUGGCAUUUAAUGGUCCGCCCAGCUAUCCCGGCGGACCGCAGGGAGCACCGGCGCCGGCCCACCAGCAGAUGGGCCCCCAGAUGCGGCCGCAUUUCAUGCCCGGCCAACAGGGUUUCGCGCAGGGCGGUGGUCCGGGAGGCGGGCCGCGGGACGCCAACUUCAUGAGCAGCAAUGCGCGUUUCCAGUCGCAGUACCAGCGCAUGGCCAGCCACGCCCAGCAGGCGGCGGCCGCAGCUGCCAUGGCCGGAGCGGCGGGCGGUGGCGGCGGACAGAUACCUUCGCCGGGCGCACUACAGCGCCCCCAAAUGAUGCCAAAUCCCAUGCAGAAUUCGUUGGGGUUUCAUGGGAGCCAGGCUGGCUUUAAUACCGGCCCACCGCAGACCUCGCCGCAGCUAGGAGGUGGCGGGGGUAUGCACAGCCUGGCCAAGUGGCACAUCCCGCAAUCCGCUCAGCAGUCGAACAUGUGUUCGCAGCAGGGUCCCCUUUUACCGUUUGCGAAUGGCCGCCAGACAUCGGAAAAUUUUAAAAUCUCACUGAAAUCUCCAAACACACUCAAGAACAGCACCCCGCCCAGCCUGGGGGGCGGUGGUGCGGGUCAUCACCAGGGCCUUGGUAACGGGUCCUCCUCCUCCAGUGCACAGCUAAACGCAGCCGCUUUGGGAUUGGGGCCGGCCGUCUCGAUACUUUCGAACGUCACCUCGACGAAUCCAAAGACCCCCAGUCCCAGUACGCAUGAGAACAACAAGGACUUCACCGAACCCAUUGACAAGGUGCGCGACGAUUCGAUCAACGAUCUAAUUGCCACCAUAGCCAAGCUGGACUCGAAUGGGGUGCAGGUGUUGCCGGAGGGUCGCACCAAGACCACCUCGCCGCAGGUGCACAGCUCCACGGAUCUGUCCAAUACACAGGAAGAUGAUCCUAACGAGGACUGGUGCGCCGUCUGCCUGGACGGAGGAGAGCUUAUGUGCUGCGACAAGUGUCCGAAGGUGUUCCAUCAGAACUGCCACAUACCCGCGAUCAGCUCGCUGCCGGACGAGAGCGAGAGCUGGCAGUGCCUGCUGUGCGUCAACCUCAAGGAGCUGACCAAGACCGAAGGCGAGAAGGCGUCACCGGGCGAGCUGAGCGCCCUGGAGCUGCGCAUCCUGCAGCGCAUCUGUCUGGAAUUGUACUGCCAAUACGAGCAGAGCCUCAACUUCCGGGAGCCGGAGUCGCCGGCCAAUACAUCCUACUACGAGAUUGUGUCCAACCCCAUGUCGCUGGAUGUAAUUCGUACCCGCCUGGAUCCCUCCAGUCCCAACCACUACAAGGACAUUGCCGGCUUUGUGUCCGACGUGCGCUUGAUUUUCUCCAAUACUUACCUCUUCUAUCAGGAGGACACGAAAACGUACUCCAAUGCCAAAUACCUGGAGAACUUCUUUGAGGAGCAGCUGGCCAAGUGGUUGCCGCACUUUGAGGGCAACAAACUGGGUGGCAAGCAGGGUGGCAACUCCAGCUCUAAUUCGCCGGCCCUGGUGGCCCAUGCAAAUGCGGCUGGCUCGCCGUCGCCCAUCGAGAACGGUCGCAAGAGCUGCGGCUCGGCGUCGCUGGGCGGCGACAGUGAUGGAGCCUGCUUGCCGGCGAAGCGGCCGCGUCGAACGCUCGAAUAGAACGAACUGAUGCCCGGCGAGGCGAGAGGCGCAAACGGCGGUGGGGAGCAGCCGGGGUCGGAAGAGCCACGCCGCCAGGAGGAACAGCUGCCUGGAAUUUUGGAGGAGUUGGAUUUUGAGAGGCCGCAGCGUCCGCACAGUCUAGGCAGCAAUGUUAUACAGGAGAGCGCCGACUAUGUGCUUCAGCUUUUGCAUGCUUACGCCGCCGCCUUUGGACUAUAAACUUGGACCCGGGACUUGCUCCUCCCUUGCCUCCUUCUCCGUGGUGUAGAGAGAGUUCGAGCCACGUAAGCUUCCCCCAAAAAUGCGAUACACAUAGCGCCGCCCAAGCAGAGAAUCGCACUUGUAAAUAGUAAAGCCAAGCAGCAGCAAGUCAUUUGAUAUGAUUUUAUUUUUACGUACAAUGGAAUAAACUACCGGAACGAGAUAUGUUUAGGCUAAACUCUAAGUGUUGAAUAUCCAUAAACAUUGAUAUAAAUAUACGAAUCGCUAUAAAUAUGUAUACCUUUGAGAGUAGAGAGAACCAGUAGAGAUUAAAUCUAGCCUGUAAGUGUUCGGUCGCAUCUUUAGUUCAUCGAUUAGUAUUUGGGAUAGAGCCCCCGUUCUGACCCCCAUUUGCCUCUGUUGGAGUUGUAUUUACUUUUGUGAUAGCGAAAAACAAUAAGAUGAUCAAAUUAACAACUAUUCAUUAAUAAUAUAAUUACCAUUAAACUCUAUGCACGGUGUCGCGCAGCUCUACAUUUAUUUCGAAUUUCGACAAGUACGAUAUAUGUAUUUAUUAGCAUGGUCCCCCCCUCCCCCUCCCCCGACAACAGCAUACAUUCGUAUACCACAUAAGAAGACACUUGACAUAAGUUAGUAGCUGUAUUCUAUGGUCGUUGUAAGUUCCGCAGAAAUCAGAAUCAAAGCUCCAAGUUACGGAUAAGCAUGAAGCAUAAACCAUAAAGCAUAAAUAGAUGUUGUACGUUUGACGUUAUGGCAUACAUAUUGUACAUAUUGAUCUAUAGAAUGCAUAUUUACGAAAAAGAAUCACCUUUUCAUAUAUAUAUCCUAAUCGGGCGCGUACUAAAGUAAAACCAAAUCCGCGCUAUAGUCGAUAUUUUCGUACAUGUUUUCAAGGCAACACCCACUGGACAACUACUACUACGAAGCAUAUAACUAAACUAGAUGGUAAACGGCUACUACUCCUAACGAUGCCACAGUAGAGACGAUAAUUAAUGAAAUUAUAUAUAUAGCCAUGCAUAAAUGUUUGUACGAUGUAUGUGCGCUAUCCUAAUGAAGAUACAAAGAAAUUGAAGGCGGGCAAAGGUAGAUCGACUAGAUUGGGCAUAGCAUCUGCGCAUGUUUGUGUGUUAUAUGUGAAACUAUGGAAAUUAUUUUAUCUGUUUUAGACGUAAGUUUUACGAUAACUAAAGAUUAACCACUGUAUAUUGAUGUACUACUUACUAUCUCGAGUGGAAUAUGAAAAGCAAAUAAAAACAAAUGGCAACAAA